AUGCUGCCGGACAUUCCAGUGUUUCUUGAAACUGGCAGCGACUUCAAGAUGCUAGCCAUCUUUGAGAAAUGGAACGACACGUCUGGCUUUCAUAUAGACAACACUGCGAAGUGCCUGUUGCUUAUGCUUUCCAAGUUUGGAAUGGACACAGUGGUCUUUCUCCUAUGCUCCAGGAAGCUGUAUACCUCCUUCUUAAACAUGUGCAGUCUGUCCAUCGUCCUCGGUGACUUGACGAUGGUGCUCUACGUGACAGCUGUUUGGUUACUCGGGCCUGAAAGUUCUUCUGUGUCACUUUGCUACUUUUUGGCUCAAGCCUCAGCAGCGUUUAAAGCCCUGCCCCUGCCCAUGAUUGCCAUGGGUAUUACUGACUACUGUAUUGAAGGUACCCACUAUGCCAAUAAGAGCUCCUUAUACAAAGUCCUUAGGAACUUGGUACUGACAUUGCUUGUGUGGAUGCUUGCUGUUAUUUACUCCGUUGCUUCUACAAAAGCUGAGCUGAUUGAACUUGAUUUUGUGACAGGGAUAAAGGCUUUGGCGUGUGAGGUAAAGGAGUCCACAUUCAUUACCUACUUCAUUUUGGGGGUUUUCUCUGCAGUCAUUUUGAUGAUAGUGCCCUUUUCAACAAGCAUUCCCAUGUGGGUUAGGGAGGCUGACAGGUUGUCUACAUCAAGGGAAGAACAAGAUAACCAGAGGAGCGACUUGUUCACAUCAACACCAUCCAAAGAGACAAAAAGCAGUGAGGAAAAUGAUGUGGGGGAGAACAACUGGCUUGGCAUGAUUUCUGGAAUUUGA